AUGAGAUACUCUGCGCCUACCGUUCCCCUGGCCAUGGGGCUCUUGCUCGGCACUGUCCAGGCCAUGCCCCAGGCGGCCACGACGUCCAAGUGCUCGCACAACAACUGCUUGCGUGCUGUGACCACCGUCACCGUCGUCGACACUGUCGACGUCACCACCCAGACGCUGACGACGACCAUCACCGCCGUCCCCGCACGCAAGCGUGAGGAUGGCGAGAACCAGGAGAAGCGCCAAGUGACGGAGGUCCCCUCGGCCAUGCCCACGUACGCCACCGCGUGCCGCAGCACCGAGGCCUACUCAUCCGCCUGCUCCUGCAUCGGCAUCAGCCCGGCGACCAUUACCGUGGCCACGCCCACCGUCAAGGUCACGUCCACUUCGACCGUGACCGCGCAGGUGACGGUCGGCGUCGUCGAGACGGUGACGACUGUCGUGCCUACGACAGUCAGGAACACCGAGUCCCGCACGCAACUGCAGUCGCCACCGCGGUCGUGCAGCCCCGCCCCUGGGAUCGCUUUAAUGACCCAGAUUCUCCGUGCGGUGGGCGGCCGAGCCAACGGUCGGUUCGCCUACUCGUGGCAGUUUGAGAGCAACGUUGCGUCGCUCGUCCAGAGCUUCGGCAGCCGCGGACAAGCCACCGUCUUCAGUCUCAGCUCCCCCGCCGACAACUCCCUGUUCGUCGAGCAGCACCCACGUCUCGGCCAGCUCCUCGUGUCCAGGGGCGCGGGGGCCUUUGGCGCCGUCUUCAACGCCGACGCGGCGCGGCGCCAGAGCGACAACCUCGUUCCCGUGACCUGCUCCAUCUCGGAGGCGGACUGGGAGCUCAGGUGCGACUUCCAGGGCCAGAGGGACUGGUACUACUGCAACGCGUGGAUGGGCUAUGUGCUGCAGAUUGGCGGUGUUCCCCAUCCAUCGUGGGGUUGCGAGGCCGUCAAGCUGUACGCCGAGCGACCUUGA